AUGAGUUAUUGGGAUGUUGGGACAGCUGCCCGCUACGACCCUCCAUACACACCUACAGUUUGUUUUGGAAACGACGAGGGACAGUUCCCGUCGAGCAACUUGUUCGCGUCGGCCGGAGAUGGAAUUUGGGACAAUGGGGCAUCGUGUGGGAGGCUAUACUUGGUGAGGUGCAUCAGUGCUGAGGUUCAACGAACCUGCGUUCCAGACGAGACCAUUCAGAUAAGGAUCGUGGAUCGUGCAAACACUUCGGAUUCUAAGCCAAUAUCCAGGAAUGCCACUACCAUGUUUCUGUCCACCACUGCAUUUGGUACAAUCGCGAACCUUUCGGCUACCUUCAUCAACAUCGAAUUCCAACAGUAA